UUCUGAUGCUGGGGAUGAUCACUUGAUAGCCUCAUCAGCCUUGCCGUGGCUUACAUUAUUUGCAUACCUGUCGUUGCUGUGCCAGACCUUUCAUGUUUUGUUGACUUACCUAUCGCAAAGUACAAGGGCGCCGGUUGUUCCAUCAAACCUCUUUCUUGAGAAAGCUUUCCACGUUUUUUCUUCAAGCUCCAAAUAAUAACAGCUCUACUUUUUCGGUGUGCAUACGCAGUUUUGGAGCUGCGCUCCCUGCCUUUCGACGUUAUGGCCUUCACCGCAGUGCACUCUCCGACAGACAAAGACCAAAGCCAAGUUCCUUAUUGGCCUGAAAAUGAGGAGCUUGAGGUGGCAAGCGAUAACAACUUCUUUGAGCAGUUUCUUGCCUUUGAUUCUUCUGACCCCUCAGCUCCAGGAGGAGGUGAUGACUUACCAACAGAUCCGCCGAGUCCAUCCCUCCUCCUCGAAAGCCUCGAUGUGAGUCUACCCAAUUCGUCGUCCAGCGACCAGGACACGCAAUCUGGGCAGCCUCGAAGCGAAACAUCCGCCUCAUCCGUUUCUCUGGAUUUCUCAUCGGUACCUUCUUCAGAACCCAGCAAAUCUGUCCCACUAGAGCUUGCUGCUCCUCUCGUGUCAGACCCUAUCUUGUCAGGUGGUUCAAUCUCGGAUUCGGAACUGCUUCGCUUGGAAGGUAUCUCCAGAUUGUCACUCGACUCGCCGAAGGGAAAUGCUACAGCACCUCCGGGUUCACCUCCCGCAAGCCAAACUUCCCUAAGCCCACGUAAGCACAACCGCGUAUUAAACUCGGUCUGCUCCGCAUUACGCCGAGCAACACGCUGGUCAAAGCCACAUAAGCCCCAAGGACUUCAGAUGGGAGUAAGCACGGCAAUGAUGGGAGACACAUUGAAGAAGGAUGACGAUACCUGUUACGAUCUUCCUGUAGACUUUGAUUUCAGCGGCCUGGGCGACAUUAGACUCGAAGAUACGUCUAUUCCAAGCAACUUGCCCUUAUCUCCGCCAUUGACUGGCCGGAUACCGGGCGGACAGAACUCGGACGACAUAAUGAACUUCGUACGCGGCCAUUUCGACGAUCCAUUUUCUGAUGAUGUGCUAGCUCCGCCUGCAACAACCAAAGGACACGACAUCAACCUGAGCACCCCGAUGGCAACUCCAGCCCUGGAUGACGAUAUAUUCUACCAACAGACACUCGACAUUCUCAGCACAAACGGAACCCCGCUCCGCGCGCACAAAUCACAACCCAAACUGCGAAGCACAAGCUCGGCAGAGUGGCCCAUGGAGGGCAUUCUGAGCAAUGAUAACCGAAAUAACAUUUGUGAUACACCAUCCUCCCCGAAUGUGGGACAAGCGUACAUUUCCGACACCGGGCGCGCCGUAGUGAGCCCCGGGUGGUGGGAUUCGCCGCACCAAACCAACGGCCACCGCCCGCACGGUAGUGGUCGCAGUCGCAGCCACGGCGGCUCAAUUCACGCCAAUAACAUGCCACUCAACCUCUCGAUGCACAACCAACAAGCGGAAUUACCAUACGAGUAUGGCGCGGGCCCCGAUAUGUCGGGACUUAUGAUUCACAUGCCGCAACCCCGGGCGCCACAGGCUGCAGUCCUGAGCUCCAACAUGAACGACCCCCUCAUCAUGUCCUCGCCGUCCGGGUACUACCACCCUCCUCCUCCUCCUCCUAUCCCUCCCCAUCCCAGCAGCGGCCGUCGGCACUCCUCGACCUCAUCGCACUACCACCACGGACACCACAGCGAGCACCGGCGGCCGCGACCGCGCGCCCCCUCCUCCGGCGCGCGACACUACGGCGGCGGCGGCAGCAGCAGCAGCGGCCAUUACGGGGGACCGAUGACGUCUCCGCGCAAGGUGUCCUCGUCAGCAGCAUGCUACACGCUGCGCGAAGAGUCCAUGUCGCCAACCCCCGUCCCCCGCCAACGCACCUUGUCCUCGUCCUCGAGCUCCUCCCUCGCCCUGCGCAAGCAGCGCUCCUGGAGCCGGCCGCACCGGAAGGGCGGCGAGCCGCGCACGCCGAGCAGCGGCCGCGUGCGAUCGUCGUCCUGCCGGUCCGCGGGCUACGACUCCCACGGCGGCGGCGGCGGAGGGGGAGGCGGAGGUGGGGGCAUGUCGAUUGAGUUCUGCAAUUACACGCCGAGCGACAAGAAGGUGCUCAUGAACGGCGUGGCGCCGAGCGGGUCUAGCAAGACCAAGGCGCGGCGCGAGCGCGAGGCCCAGGAGAAGAACGAGAGGUACGUCGAGGCGAUCCGCGCCGCGGGCGUGGACGUGGAAAAGCUGCGUCAGAGCGGGUUCCUCGCCAGCCACUAACGACCCCCUGUGAGCUGAAUUCCGUCCGUACGUCCUAGCUGGGUACCUACCUUAGGUACCUGUCUGAUAAAGGGGUUUGUGGGAGAAACGUAAUAAUAGAGGUCGCCGUGCAAACCGUGGCGAACUUGGUUGGCUGAGGAUUGUUUGCUCUUUUCUUCGCUGCUUUAAUGUGCUUGUACAUGAUCGCAAUUUGGUCGGAUCGGAAGCAAGCGGACAGGUAUGCGGAUAGGAGUUGGACCUGGUUGAAUAAUUACCCCUUUUAACCGCUGAAGUGUACUAAUAGGGAUGAAGUACUCCAUAUGUAUGAGUCUGUCAUGUCGCCAACCCU